AUGAUCCAACUGAAUAAUAUGUUUUAUUUAAUAAUUUUUAUUUAUAUAGCACCUUUCAAGAACCCAAGGACACUUUACAUAACGCAGAUAGAUACAAAUACACAAUCAGGCCACUGGAAAUCAAAAUUUCAGGAUGUCAGUUGGAAAUAGACCUUUAAAAUCUCCAGACACUUUUGUAUUACGAAGUUAUUAUUAAGGAUUGCUCACCGUGAAUACAGGUGUUUGCAAAGUUGUGUAAAUAUAUAGACAUGAAAUGUGUUUUGUGCAAAGAGGGAAGAGAGAGCAUUGUUCAUUUAUUUUAUGAUUGUAUUUACAAUUAUUUUAGUGUGAUUUGGCUUUUAUUGUUAAAACAAUAAUAAGAACUCACAGAAAAAGAUUUUUUUUUUUUUUUAUGAUAAUUUUGACUUUAAAAUUUGGUAUAUUGUGUAUUUACCCAUUUUAUAUGGAAAAUGUAUAUUACUUGAUUAUAGAGAUUUUUUUUCUCCUUUUUCUUUUUAUUAUCAUUGUUUCUCCUAGUAUUUGAUUUGAUGUAACUGAUGUUAUUAUUGCCUUUCUAUGUUCAUUGUUCAAGAGAUUGCAAGCAAGCAAGUAAAUAAAUACAUACAUACAUUCAUACAAACUUGUUUUAGACAUCAGCGUGUGAUCAGGACUUUUAUUUUGGUCUGGCGAUGUGACGCCAUAAGAUCGCGCCGUGCUCCUGCAUCUGUUUUGGCUGAGAAAAGAAAAACUCCUGGUGAAGCAGCUGAGAUCCAUGUCACACUAUUAUAAAGAUGGCGUUUAUUAAAGAGGAGAUUGAAGACUUGAGGAUUGAAGAAGUAUUCAGCCUGAAACAAGAAGAUACUGAGGAACAAACAGCAGCUUGUCAGUUGACUGGUACUGAUCAAUGUGGAAGCAAGCACAAUAUCCAGACGAAAGAAAAUUCAGUUUUAUCUUUACAAACAUACCCUUUUACAAGGCGUUCACACAAAGAAAAAAAAAGGAUCAAGGAGCUUGGACCGGAUCGACCCAACUUGCAAAUUCAGCAGCAGUCAAGUAAUCGUGGGCGAGCUUACACUCGGGGAUUCACCACCACUUCUUAUGGCAAAUGGAGUUGGCUAGCCGGAUGCGAUGUAAGUCACGCCUUUUAUUGUUUUCCCUGUUUGCUGUUUCAAAGUCCUGGCACGGAAACGCCGUGGGCAACGACAGGGGUACGCGACUUAAAACAUCUUUCUGAAAAGUGCAAACGGCAUGAAAGUAGCCGCAGCCAUCUUGACAACGCUAUGAGGCUACAGAUUUUUGGGAAGCUUAACAUUGCUGAACAGCUAGAUGAAAACUACAGGAUUGGCAUUAGAAGGCACAAUGAAGAGGUCAUAAAAAAUCGCCACAUCCUGUCUAGAAUAAUAGACUGUGUGAAAUUUUGUGGCGCAUUUGAGCUGGCUUUGCAUGGCCAUGAUGAAAGUGAGAGCUCAGAUAAUCCCGGGAUAUUCCGUGGCUUGGUGGACUUUGUUGCUUCCCUUGAUGGAGUGUUGAAAGAGCACCUCGAGAAUGCCGCUGUGUUUAAGGGAACUUCGAAAAUCAUGCAGAACGAGCUCUUGGACUGUAUGUUGUCUGUUGUGAAGGAACACAUAAUCAAAGAAGCACAGAGCAGGGAUUUUCUCUCAAUCCAGGUCGACGAGACCACUGAAAUUGCCACACAGUGCCAACUUGUGCUUGUGCUGCGCUACAUUGAUGCCAAAAGCAAUGUCCAGGAGAGGUUUUUUGAGUUUAUCCCACUGCAUUCAGCUACAGCCGAUUCCAUCGUUACAGCUCUUAAAGAGCGUCUUGCUGUCAUCCUUCCUGAGGAUCAGAAGAGUAAACUUAUCUCCCAAUCAUAUGAUGGAGCCAGCGUGAUGAGGCGUUCCACUGCAGGUGUUCAACGGAAGAUACAAGAUGUGUACCCAAAUGCCCACUACAUCCACUGCUAUGCACAUGAACUCAGUCUAAUAAUGCAGCAGGCCACGUCUUACAUACCCAAAGUGAGAAUUUUUUUCUCUGACCUUGGAGGAUUUGCCAGCUUUUUUUCGAGAUCACCCAAGCGCACCGAUGUUCUUGAUAAAGUAGUGGCCCAAAGACUACCAAAUUCAAGCGAUGUUAGAUGGAAUUUUCACAGCUGUGCCAUCAGUACCGUGUUUGAGUACAGAGAGGACCUCAUCCGCUGUUUUGAAACCAUACAAGACUCAGGUGACUUUGACCUCAUUACCGUCAGAGAGGCAAGAGCCUUUGCAAUGCUGCUUGAGGAUCAGGAUUUUAAGUUCUUUCUGCAACUUUUCCACAACAUCAUGCCACAUGUGGACCUCCUCUAUACUAAACUCCAGAAGAAGGACAUAGAUUCGGACCACAUCAAGAAGAGCAUCCAGAAGUUCCAGCAGGACAUAAAGAAGAUCAGAAAUUCUCUCCAUCCCCUGGUUGACCAAAGCAGUGCAGGUGGUUCUCAAGCAAAGAGGCGCCGGUCGCUCAAUCCAGAGGUCCAUGAACGGAUUGCAGCAGAGGUCUGCAAUACCAUACUGGGGCACACCAUGGAACGGUUCUCCUUCACAAACCACCUUGUUAGUGCCACCUUGCUGCAAGGGGACAGGUUUGAACAGUUCAAGAUAACGUUUCCUGAAGAUGCACUGAGCAGGACUUUGAAGGCCUAUCCAGUGCUCAAUGGGAGUAAGCUGAAGACAGAGCUUAGUCUCAUCUACUGCAAGGAAGACUUCAGAGCCUGUUGUGGUGCUGUGGACCUACUCCAGCUGUUUAUGGAGAACAAUCUUGAAGAAGUCUUUUCAGAGACUGUCACUCUCCUAAAGAUCCUCAUCACCACACCCACAACCACAACAGAAGCUAAGAGGUGCUUCUCAACCUUGAAAAGGAUUAAGACUUUUUUGAGAAACAACAUGAACCAGGAGAGGCUGAAUGCAUUGGCCAUGCUGUCAAUGGAAAAGAAACUGGUGACUGAGAUGACUGACUUUAACCAGAAGGUCAUUGAGAAAUUUGCAAGCCAGAAUGGAGAACAGAGGGCGGAAUUUCUUUUCAAGUAGUGCUGCUGGUUUAGGCAACAUUACAUUGUGUUUGUUUUAUUGUUGGUUUGUUUUUUGUAUGCUUACCUUGAUUACUUUAUUACUGGUAAUAAACCCACAUUGAGCUCAAAUUUUUUAACCCCAUAUCGAACAUUCCCCCCUAAAUUUUUUUUAGCACCAGCCGCCACCGAGAAUUACAGUAUUUCAAAAUAUGUUUUGGCGAGUAUUCAUGCAAACAUUAUCUGUUUUGUCUUCAGUGAAUGUUUGGUUAAAGGGUUAGCUCACCCAAAAAAUAGUUGCUGCCUAUGUGUGGAUCAGAUACCCUCGGAUUUAAUCAAAAAUAUCUUAAUUUGUGUUCUGAAGACAAACAAAGGUCUUACGGGUUUGGGACGACAUGAGGGUGAGUACUUAAUGACAGAAAUUUCAGUUUUGGGUGAACUAACCCUUUAACUUUUGGAGAAAAACAUUUGAUGUGAAACAUUAUAUUAGAUCAGUGCAUUACAGGAGGUCUUAAAGGGUCAUGAAACCCCCUGUUUCAGCAGCAGUCUGGUCUCACCACAUUUUUGAAAAAUGCUACAAAAGUGGGCGUGGUUAAGCUGCGGAGUGGAGGGGGAAGAGGGGAGACCGACGACACAGCAACGUCUUCUGAUUCAGACAGUUUUAUUUGCUCUCAUGCCGGCCAUUAUAUAUAUUAUAGUGUACUGCCACGUCACAACCUGUGACAUGGAUUCGAUGUGGUUUUUAGACCCGGAAGAUGAAAAUAGUGGAAAAAAGCUCAAUUAACCAGAAAUUUAGUUUAGGGUUUCAUGACCUGUCUCAUUAAUGUUAACAAUUCAAACAAUUGUGUAUCAUGGGGGGAAAAAAGUUGUAUAUAUAUAUUUUCCUAUAGAUAUGGGUUUUGACUUGGUGUGUGCCAAAUUUGAUGUUAUUACCAGGGAUUUUUAAGGUAUGGUUGCUAGGUGAUUUUGUUUUGGAACUUCAGAAAACUUUAACUAGAUUUUCCUCAAAAUUGAUUUUGCUGACUCUGUCAACAGGUGUAACUCAGUCAUUUUUAUCUUAUUCCAACAAAUCAUACACCAUUUAUAAGAUUUUUUUAAAUAGAAAAUGAAUAUAACACAUUUUUGAUAAUAUGCUCAUUGUGACUCAUUUUGCCAGCACAAGUCACAAAUGGUGCUCUGUACUCUCUAUAAAACCGAAAUGGCUUACAACAGCAGUACAACUUCUAUGUAAGAGCAUCUGUGAAGAAAACAUCCCAGGGCUCUCAUACCUCAAAAUUAGGGGUGUAUUAGUUCAAAUUACACACGGUUCGGUUUUUAUCAUGGGUUUAGGGUCAUGGUUUCGGGACGGUUCAGUAUGUGCUAUGUUCAGGGGAAAAAUUAUUACUGUCAAAAAAAAAUAAAGAAAAUAAGAACAAAAAAUCAAACUACAAGCAACAGCACAAAUAAAUACAAUAGAUUAAAGAUACAAAUACAGUAAACAGUGCUUUUCGCACACUAUCAACACAACAUAUAUGAGAUAUAUAUGAGAUAUUGGAGCAUAUGGCACUUCUGUUGAACAAAGUUUACAAAAAGUGUCUAAGGGAAACAGGUCAGUUUAGCUCAAACGGAAUUAUUAAUAAUUUUGAAAGAAUCACUUUUGAACAAAUAAGUCAUCCAGCAUUCACUUGAACUCUAUAGCGGAUAUUAAUAUCCAAACUAUAGUUCAAAUACUAUUUAUUAGCACAGUAACAGGAUCAGUAGUUUAAGACAUUAAAUUCGUAAGCAGAAAUCACAAGAACACAUCUUUAAAUACAAACAAGACUUUAUUGAUUAUUCUAACACAAACUAAUUUCUAUCACAUAAACACGCAAACACACAUUCACACGAGUUGCAGAAAGAAAGAAAGUGAGGAAAGAAUGAGUUUUAAGAGUGUGAUAUGAUGAAAUACUAAGUUUCUAGCAAUAUAUGCAUUUUACAAAACCUGACCUGAACGAACCAUUAAUUUAACCCUUCUAUCAUUUCUUAGAAGGGGUUAUUACAUUUUAUAUCAAUACACCAGUUUAGCUAAGAGGCGUUACUUGUGUCUGUUGUUUGAGUCUUUGAUGGGAAUUCCCUUCAUGGUCCUUGCUGGAGAAAGGAUUUCCCAGGUUCUUUGAUUUACUAGCGGUGUCUGGAGUGACGUCUUGGGAAUCCAAUCUCGUUGGUGUGUUUGCGGAUGAAUGGAAAGUCUCGUGGAUGAAGUUUGAAGUUGGAAGCAGGCUUUGCUGUAGAAUCAUUGACAAACUUUUUGGCAAAACUUAACUUAGAACACGAGACUCUCAACGAGAGAAAAGUGAGACGAGAGUAGUUAGAUAGCUUGAAUGAAGCUGUUUUCAUUUAAUCUUGAUCGUCUCCACUCUAUGUAAUUCUUUGGUAGUGUCCUGAGUUUUUGAUUCAAACAUUUGUCCAACCUACCGGAGGAGUUCUGACCAAUUAGACAUUGUCUUUAGUUCAGGGUGUACAUUUUUCUCCUCCUCUCACCAUAAAUUACACAUUAUCUGAGUCACAUGCUCCCAGUAUCACAGACAAGGCUUAAGCUAGUCCUAGGCUAAAAUGCAUGUUUGAGCUGUUUUAACUGAAAGCAACUUGUACUGACAUAUCUUAACCCCUUAAGCCUGAAGUGUCCCGCCGGCGGGACACCACCCUCCCGUGAAAAAAUUCAUAAUCAAAUUACUAAGCAAUCACUGACAGAUCAACUCCUAAUGAGCGCUGAGUAAUCCCUAAGUGUACCGCUGGAGGGCACCACCUAGCUAUGAAAAAAAAUUAAUAAUCAUAUGUUUCAAAACGCCUGCCUUGAUCAGCACAUAAUAGUCAUUUGAAAGCUUAGAGUCUUAACUUUACAAUGCAUGUAGCCAAUUUGAGUAAAUCCUAAGUAGUCCUGAGUUAUUGGCUGAAAUAUAUAUAUAUAUAUAUAUAUAAAUAAGUUUUCAUAAUUCAGGAUUUUUUUUUUUUUUUUACUAUGCUCUGUAAUGUGUCAGAAACGUCAUACAGCUCAGAUACAGCUCAGGACUUUGACUAAACUUGGUUGAGUUUUUUUUACGUGUAACCGCCCCCAGACCCAUAUGAAAAUAAUAUGCAGUUGUGGCAUUUAAAUCACAAUUUCGCACAUAACUUCAUGAAAUAUGCAUCGAUUGUAGGAAAUUGCCCAUCUUUAAAAAGAGCCCAAACUCAACAUAAUCCAUCGCUCCAAUCUAUUUCUCAUAGAGUUCUACCACAAAAAUCCCACAGACGCAGGCAGCUAAGUAUAUACACAUGAAGCAUUCAAGCUACGUUUUAGCUCGUAACUCCAAGAAAUAUGCAUAGAUUGUAGAAAAUGGCACAUCAUUACUUACAGUGGAUGCUCCCGAUUGAAAUGAGUCCAAAAUAAACAUAAUCCAUUAUAUCGAUCACAAGAUAUGUCUCACGAAGUGAUGUAACAUAAGCCGCUUUUCCACCAUCGGGCCAUACGGUUCUCAUUGUGUAACCAUUCCUUUCAGUGCCGAUCCGGCCCAGCUGGUACGGUUAUGGUUUCGGUUUCAUUUUCCACUGUGGGGCUGAUAACGGUCGCUCUUUGGAAUGAAAUACAAAAGUAUUUGCCUCGGUAACGCAAUGGUUUACUGAUGAUAUGAGAUGUAAAUAAUGACCGCUUUAUGGAGAAUGAUCAAAUAUUUCUUUUCAUUUUGUGUUUACGUCACUCAAAUAGAGCGCUUAGCCAGAGAAAGAGUAAAAAGACAAAGAACUCUGUCUUUUUACUGAGACUUUACGAAGAACCAAGCCCCUGCACAAGCAUCCUCAGCACCAACCUCACAGUCUCCCCGUCCCUCAACAUGAAAGUCUCCUCCUCCCUCACACAGCCUGUCCUCAGAUGCCAGGGUAACCAGGAGCCAUGUUGGUUUGAAAUCCUCCAGUACCUGCAGCCACAGACCUCCAAACCAACAAAAGCUAGACAAAAAAAGGUCAAGUUCUGCUGUCAGUUCAGAAGAACAAACUGACAUGUGGCACAGUCUUUCUGACGAAGAUGAGGCACCACCAAUGCCCAGCUUUGCACCUAAACGACCUCCUGGACCACAGCUCAUAACUGAUGAGUUGUAUUAUCCAAUCCACUUAUUUCAGUUGUUUUUCAGCAACAGUGUGGUCUUGGAGAUAAUAGCAAACACAAAUACAUACGGAGAAAAAAUUUUUAACUCUAGGAAAAAAUACAAAUGGCAAACUCUCACCUUGAAUGAAUUUAAUGGUUAUUUGUCUCUGCUCACUUACAUUGGCCUUGUGAAAGCCAGUGAACUGAGUGAUUACUGGUCCAAAAAGCUGGGUUACAAUUUUAGUUUCCAGCAGAAAACCAGCAGAAAAAGGGAACUGAUGAAUAUGACCCUUUGUACAAAGUAAAGCCUCUCUACACAGACCUCAUAAAUGCCUGUAAGACAUUUUACCAUCUUUCAGUUGACGAGAGGAUGGUGGCAACCAAAGCCCAUAUUGCGCUCAAGCAAUACAUGAAAGCCAAGCCCACUAGGUGGGGCUAUAAGCUUUUUGUUCUGGCUGAUUCGGUUACCGUAUACACAUGGAAUUUCUCUGUGUAUGAGGGGAAAAGGGCCACACGCAGUGACAAAGGACUCAGUCACGACUCUGUCAUGUCCCUGUUAGACUUUCCUCUGCUAGGCACAGGAUACACACUGUUUGUGGACAAUUUUUACACAAGCCCAGAUCUCUUCAAAGACCUAGCAGGGCUACAGAUGGGUGCAUGUGGCACAAUCAGAACAAACAGGAAGGGCUUUCCACAGACAAGAGAAAAUGAUAUGCCCAAAAAAGCUGAAAGGGGAGCCAUCAGAUGGACAAGGAAAGAUGGCCUUCUGUUUGUUAAAUGGAUGGACACACGGGAGGUGGUCAUGUGUUCCUCAGUGCACAAGGCUUAUGGGGGGGAGACUGUCAACAGGAGAGUGAAGGUGGACCAGGGUGAGUGGACCCGGCAGGCCAUUCCCAUUCCUGAGCCUGUGCUCGAGUACAACAAAUACAUCGGAGGAGUUGAUCUAUCGGAUGCACUGAUCGGCUAUUACAAUGUACUACACAAGACCCGGAAAUGGUAUAAGAAGCUGUUUCAGCAUCUCUUGGACAUUGCAAUUGUGAAUGCCUUCAUCCUGCACAAGGAACAAAUGAAGGCCCAGCAUUUGCUGCCACUGACACAAAAGGAAUUCAAAUUCCAAAGAACUAGGGAGGCAAAAAAUAUCAAGCCUAAAUGUUUUUUUGCCGUUGCUUAUGGAGUUUUGACAAAAAAAAACAAGACAAAACAAAAAGCUUUAACACUCUGUGAUGGUAGUAUACAUAAAGCAUUGUAAAUGUGUUUAUAGUGCUUCACAAUUCACAAAGUGCCUAGUAAUGCGCAGCAUUAUUGGGCAGGACACUUUAGAUUCUAGAGAGCAUUUGAUUGGACAGAAAAUCUGAUGAGAAGCUGAAGUGCAGGGUAAUGUCAUUGAUCUAUAUUGGCAAAAGUGAGAAAGACACUUCAGUGGGUCUUUAAGAAUCCUCACGAUGUCCUCCGCAUCACGGAUGUCUAAGACAUCCAAAGUGUCGAUGUCACGGACAUUUCGUCGAACGUCGUUGCUCAGGAGAGUAGCUGUCACAACCGCUUGCUGUUCGAGAUAGCGUUCGAUCAUAUCCAGACUGCUGUUCCAGCACGUAGCGACAUCGAUGAUUAACUUGUGCGCUGGAAGCUCCAGAAGUAUUUGUUUGGCUGCGAGUGCUGCUGUGGCUGUGGAGCUUCUGUGAAAGAAAGCAGCAAUGCGCCUCACUCUGCCCAACAAACGUCUAACGUGGGGAACACUCAAACCCGUUUGACUGGCCAAGUUUAAAGUGUGGGCAAAACACCUAACAUGGGGGGCUAGCGCAGCCUCUCUGACAGCAACAUCCAUAUUUCUCGCGUUGUCCGUAACAACAGUAAUUCCACGGUUAGCCUUUUGAAGCCCCCAUUCACUCACAGCUGAUUUGAAAACUUCAGCAUGGGAUGGGAUGGUGUAUCUGGGCUCCAAUGUGUUCACCAGUAGCCGAAAUCCUUCAUUUUCUACAAUAGAAAAUGGCCUCAUAUCUUUCGGCAUGAAAACACAGAUGCACCGUGUGAUCUCUGUGGCUCGCGCACUCUUUGGACCGAGUGGGGCUGCAAAUCCGCUGGUCAGAGUGGUUUGGCCUGUUAAUAGCUUUUUACAUACCGAUGGAGCUGGUGACUGGAGCUUCUCACUGUGGUGAUGGUUUAAAUGCUGCAUCAUGUUUGUUGUGCUGUUAGUGUAUAUAAACAGCUUCUUGCUGUGUCUGCACACAGUUUUCGUUUUGUCUGUAACCAACUCACCACUGUCAUUUUUAGACUUUGGAAAGCCAAAAUGCCGCCACACCUCCGAUUUAAACGAGGAUGGGGCAUCUUCAACCAGGGACUUAAAAACGAAAAAAAAUUCAGUCGUUUCACUCCGAGCUGAAUCGUUAUUUUAACGUUUCUGUUCCAGCAUUCCUUCUGUAUUAUUAACGUUCCGAAACCGGUUUGUUUAAAAAAAAAAUAACGGUUAAUAACGUUAUUUAUUUAUUUACUUUUUUUGUUUGCAUGUAGCCUACUUAAUAAUAAUAAUAAUAAUACGUACAGCAUUUUAUUUAAUUAAUACAUAUAGUAUUUUAUAACAAGAUUCUGUCCAAAUUUGUAGGCUAAACAUAAGGAAGAACUAUCAAUGGUUUAUAAAGUAUUUUUUCAAGAUAUUUUAAAAUGUUUGCUGCAUGGUUAAAAAUACCGAUUUUUAAAGAUACGUCGCAUUUUAUUAUUAGGCCUACAUUCAGAAAUAAUGUAAUUUAUUGGUAAAUAAAAUAAAAUGUUUACAAAUAGCCUAGCAUAUAGCUUUGUUUAUAAUGUUUGUAAACAAAACUUUUUUUUUUUAACCACAAAACCUCUAAAGUUGGCCUACAGUUGGCCUAUUCAGGCUAUAUUGGCCUACGUCAAGCCAAAACGAAUAAAAAAAAAAAAAUUAUUAGAAAUAAAACUAAUUAAGAUGCUAAACUAAUUAAUUUAAAGUGAAUCUGAAACCUAUCUUUCUCAUUCGACACUGUUUCCAUUUUCGAGACGAAUGCUAAACUAUUAAGCUUUGUACUUAACUCGCAUUAUCGACAUCAUGCUUCACAUAACAGCACAGUCAGGCGGUGGUCACGGGUGGUAAACGGCAGAUUGUAUCACAGAAUUGAAUUGAGCAGUGUAACGUUUUAGAUGUUUGGUUGAUUGUAUUUUAUUUUAAUUAUUUAACAGGCUGCGAUAUCAAGUAAGCAAUGCAAGAAUUUGUGUGUGCGCGCGUGGCGCCGGCGCGACCACUGGAAUUUUUUUCCUUCUAAACUGUACUCCGUAAUUUAAUGCAAGACAUAAUUCAUACAUUUACAAAAGACACAUAAAUAACGAAAACAAGCAGAUCUUUGAAGUGUGCCACAAUGAAACACUUUCAUUUUGUUAAUCUCUAGACCUAAUUAUUUAAGUGAAAUAUUUCGCGUAGCCUAUAGGCCUAAUAUUCCCUUUUAUUGUAUAUGUGUUAUGUAGGCCUAUUGUUUUAUUCUGUUUUCUCCGUCCACAGAAGCGCAUGUGCGUGAUGUGACGUUGUGUGAACUCAUGUUCUACAUAUCCUACAUAUCCAUAUUCAUUUUCACUUAAAUGCUUGACGGUUGGUGACAUAUAUCAUCGGAAAAAUCAAUGCCAGGGCAUUGGCAUUGUGACUUACCUAACCUAUGAUGACUUGACAGCUGAGCCUGAGCGCGUCAGCGCCGGCAUUUCACACACUUUGGAUGUGUCAGCGUCACAUUUGCAUAGGCUGUACUAUUUGAAUUCGUGAUUGGUUGACUGCCAAAUCAAAAUAUUAAACAGAAUGAUAAAAUAACGUUAUUAACUGGUUAAUAGCCAUUUCAAAUUAGCGUUUCUGUUCAGAACUAUUAAAUUUGAUUUCAUUUCCGUUUCUGGUUACGUUCCGGUCAAAAUUUCGUUCGUUUCCGGUUUUCGUUUUAGUUCCUUGAACCGGUUCAGAGCCCUGUCUUCAACAUCAACAUCCACACUUCCUGCUGCCAUAUUUCCUACUGUUUCACACUACAACUCGUUGGCUGCUAUCAUGCAUGCAAAGCGAGGUCACAGUUUACAGCUUCAGCGGCCCCUGCUGUUUGAAACAUGUAUCGCGAUUUGUUUAACAUCUCAGCCGACUUAAAUCGUCACAUAUUUUUAUCGAUUUUCAAUCGACUGCGAUUGAAUCGUUACGUCCCUACUAUGUAGUAGUUUACUUGUUUCUGUUUACAAUAGCCCUACUGUGCUCUAACAUGAUGUGGUAUAGCCGUGCUGGGCAACACUGGUAAAAUUACGAUACUGGUCCACUCCCUGCUACUCUCUGCUCACAUGCUCUGAUAGUAAUAGCUUUGUAGAACUAUACAUUAAUUGGUCAAGAACUCUGUUAAAUCUGAUUCUGUUGCAUAGAACUGAAUAAAGAAUAAUAUUGUAACAGACACGCCAGGCUCUGUCACCAACCAAUCAAAGAGAGCACUAUCUCCGGAGUUCUAAUCACGCACACCUGACACCAUUCAAGCUAACAACAUGUCUUUGUAUUUAAACACACACCCCGAGCUUCAUAGUUGUCUGGUCUCGUUUUGAGUAAGAACUGCUUACCUGUAAUCCACAUUCCAGCGACGAUGCUCCUACGUUUUCUACAAGUUCCUAUUCUCUACGUCUUCCCCAAUCCUCUCUGUGUGUACCUGUUCCAUGUAUGUGAUUUACCUUCAGAGUCUCCAGUGUUCACUCGAAGUGUGUGCUUUCUCUCCAGUUCCAAGAUCCACGAUCUCCUCAUCAUCUGCAAGGACAGUAAAACUGUUACCAUUCUAUCACUCCAUUGAACUUUGCAAUUUACAGUUUAUUCACCUGCAUCUGUUUAUUCUGCAUUGCUGCAAUAAACUCUCAACUGUU